AUAUCUAUCCUGAAUUCAAGUUCGAGAGCAGCAGAUUCACCCGUUCCACCAUGCAUCCCGCCGGCCUCCUUCUCGUCUCCCUCUUGGCCACGGGCUCCUCCGCCCACGGCGUGGUGACCCUCAUCAAGGGCGCCAACGGCGUCGACAUGCCCGGACUGUCCGUCGUCGACGGCACCCCCCGCGACUGCUCGACCAACCGGUGCGGCUCGCAGGCCGACACGUCCAUCAUCCGCGACCGCGAGAUCAGCUCGGGCCGGGUCGGCCCGCUGGGGCGCACGCAGGGCAGCGGGCCCGUCAACGCGAGCACCAUGAUCGCCGCCUUCAUGGGCACCGGCGCCACCCCGCCCAACAUCACCGACCCGGAGGCGGCCUCGGUCGGCGUCGAGGACGACCUCGGGCAGCUUGAUAAUGACGAUGACGGCGGCAGCGGCGGCCGCGGCGGCGGCGGCAGGGGGUUCCGCAACGCCGCCCGCCAGCUCCUCAAGGGCCUCCUCGGCGGUGGUGGUGGUGGUGGUGGCCGCAACGCGGGACAGGCUCCCGCCGCCAAGACGGAGGGCAACGUCGCCGCCUUGGCCGGGCAGGGCGCCACCUCGGGCCUGCCGACCUGCUCCGACGACGGCAUCAUCACGAUGGUGUUUCAUCAGAUCAACCAGGACGGCGCGGGACCGCUCGAGGCGGCGGUGGACGGGACGUCGGGAGGGACGGACCCGGCGGCGUUCCAGCAGGCGACGGUGACGCAGGACGUGCCCGGGAUCGGGGUCGGGGGCCUGAGCCUGGCGACGAGCCGGGACUUCCCGCUGCAGGUGCAGAUGCCGGCGGGCAUGACGUGCGACGCCACCGUCGCCGGCGUCGACAACGUCUGCGUCGUCCGGGUCCGCAACAGCGCCCUCGCGGGGCCCUUUGGCGGCAGCGCCGCCUUCACCAUGAGCCCGGCCGCCCGGAAGCGCGCCCUCGCCUACCGGAUGAAGCAGAAGAGGGCUCGGGAGUUCCGUGCCUGAGAGAGAGCGGGGAACUACUGGAUCAUUAUUUAUUUAGGUCUUUCUUGGCAUCAAGUUGAGAAAGAAAUGGAUGCAGGAGGAGCGGGAAUGCAAGGGCAACGAGAAUCUUUUUCGACCUUGGCCGGCCGAAGCACGCAUCAUCUAUUCCACCACGUCAAGUUUACGAUUUAAGUCAUGUAUGUACAGUACAAUCAAUGAAUUAGCUUGGGUUUCAGAGACUAUGACGGAUCAU